CCCAAACCUCGCUCGACAAAGCCCUCCGCCAUACUUUGUAGCAGCACCCCAAACUUGCCAUGCCCUCCUCCUCCUCCCUCCUCCUCCUCCGCUCACCGACUGCCAUUCCACACGAUACUGGCCCUGUCAUAUAAUGCCUUGACUCCUCUUCCCCCCUCUCCUCUCCGCCCCAUUCUCCUCCUCGUCUUCUCUCCCCCCGUCUCUCCCUCCCUCCCUCCCUCCUCUCCCGCCGGGCCACACGUUGGGCCGUGACUCUCCGUCUCUUUGAGGUUGCUCGUGCCGCCGCAUCAUGCCCACCGCCGCCCCACGUCGACUUUUCCCCGGACUUUGAUUCUCGUAAUCCGUACAACGUCUGCUGUGCCGUUACCGCGCUGCGCUGCGCUGCACUACGACCUCCGACUCAAUACCUCGCCGCCAAGCGACGCCGUGCGACCUCCUUGCCUUGGUCGCCUGAGCAGUCGCUGCGCGCAUCCCGCCACCCCGCUCUCGGGCACCCGCGCCCUGCUCUGCUCUGCUAGACAGAACAAAGAUACUUAGGUAGGCGAGACGACGGCGACGGCUGGAUCGUUCUCGCCGCCACCCGCACUCUUCCCGCGAAUGACUACCUUCGCCGAUAUGGAGCCGAGCCCAAUCUCGGUCGAGGCCGCCGGCCCGAGCCUUGCGCUGCGGGGCAAGACGGCCCUCAUGGACGCCAUUGAGGAUGUCUUUUACGGAUCUGUUGCCGGCGUCGUCGGCAAGUACAUCGAAUACCCGUUCGACACAGUCAAGGUUAGGCUCCAGAGCCAGCCAGACCACCUCCCCCUCCGGUACAAGGGACCGCUCGACUGCUUCCGACAAUCCAUACAGUCCGAUGGCCUCUAUAGUCUGUACCGAGGAAUCACGGCGCCGCUGGUGGGAGCCGCCCUCGAGACCAGCAGCCUGUUCCUCUUCGAGAGCAUGGGGAGGGAGGUGCUUUACGGCAGCGGCCUGGCCUCGCGGGAGAAUAAGCUGUCGCUGCCGACGCUGUGGCUCACCGGUGCCUUCGCCGGAGCUUGCACAUCGUUUGUCCUGACGCCCGUCGAGCUCAUCAAGUGCAAGAUCCAGGCGCCCAUGCUCGCCGAGGGCGCGACCGUGGCGCCGCUCCGACCGAUCUCCGUCAUCCGUGACGUAUAUCGCCACGAGGGCCUGCGGGGCUUCUGGCACGGCCAGCUGGGCACACUUAUCCGCGAGGCCGGCGGCUGCUCCGCCUGGUUCGGCGCCAAGGAGACGGUCACGGCCAUGUUCUACAACAUCCACGCCCGCGCCGCCACGAGCGAGGCCGAGAGGCAGUCCGUCCUCUCCAAGCCCCUACCCAUCUGGCAGCAAGCCCUCGCCGGCGCGUCGGCCGGCGUCUCGUACAACUUCCUCUUCUUCCCGGCCGACACCAUCAAGUCGCGGAUGCAGACGAUGCCCCUCGGUGGCAUGACGCAGAAGCGCACCUUUUUGAACGAGGGAAAGGCGCUAUGGCGACAGCACGGCCUUCGGGGCAUGUACCGCGGCUGCGGCAUCACCUGCCUGCGGUCAGCGCCGAGCUCGGCUUUUAUCUUCAUGGUCUACGACGGCCUCAAGCGCAACUUUCCGCUGCAAUGAGCGAGCAGUGGAGCAGUAGAGCACAGCGCUCUUGAUCGGCAGCGCGGCAUGGUUGAUGCCGCUCUUGCGUAUUCUUUGUUUUUAAGUCGGUUUAUUCUUGGGAGCUGGGCAUGGGUACGGCGUUUUGCUCGCAGCGUAUCACUAUAGUUGGAUACGAGGUCGAGAGAGAGGGGUAUAUAUAUCCACCACUGCAUUAGUUCUUUCCAGCGACCUAAGAUGAAAUACAAGGGGCACCAGGAUGGUUCAAGACUUUGUCAAUGCGGAUGAGCCCUCAAGUCUUUGGUGAUAUUCUUACACACGCUGUUCAGCCAUGCUUGGGGC